UUGCUAUUGCUCAAAAGAUAAAGUUUAUAAACAAACAAAAAUGGCAUCCACAAACGAUGACAUGGAAAUGGAGAAGAUUGCUGAGGAUGAGCUGUCUAAAUUACAAAGACAGUUUCGUGUAAUGGAGAUAGACCGCGCAAACGUGACCAGUUGCGUACAGCCGACCCUCAGAGUGCAGACCAACAUUAUCCGAUCACUGUCCGCUGAACUGGACAACAUCAUGACUGAAUUGAGGUUGACAAAGAGUACAUCGAAUCUCCUAGACAAUGCAAAAACCCGCCAAAAACUGAUAACUCUGCUGAAAGAGCACGAGACAUGUUCCACAGAUGUGAAGGAACACCGAGCGACCAUCAACGAGCUGAACUUCCUCUUGAAACAAGUGCAAAAGGAGAUUAAGGCUUUAAGGGCGAAAGGCAUAGGCUUUGAGAAGGACUACGCUGGUGCAUUGACCAAUCAAACGAUCAUCAGCCAGUUGGAGAACCGCCUGAACACAGCGAUGAAAAAGUUCAACACGGUGAACAGUGACAACUACGCCAUGAGGCUUGAAAUCGACCGCCUCUUGCGAGACCGUCAGUUCUUCAACACAAUGUGGAAGGCUCAGAUCAAGCGGCUGAUGGAAGGCAAGGGCCAGAUCCUGGAGCUGGUGGAGCAAGCCAUCACCACGUACGACCAGCGCGAGGAGUGGUGCUCCAAGCUCGACGCGUUGAAGGAAAAAGCCGCUUUGGAUUAUAGGAAACAUUGUUUGGAAGUACGCGAGCUCCAACGCCAGCUAGACCACAGCAUGAAGCUAGAGGAGUUCUUACGCACCAAGGGCACAGUGCGACUCACCGCUGCCGACGCUAAGGCGGAGGCGAAGAGACUGGAGCAGCAAGAACAGGAGAUACGAGCGUACAACAACUACAUCAACAUACUGGACGCUAUAAGGGAGUACGCAGGAGAAGACGACGUGGACAAGUUGAUUCAGGAGUUCACGCGGCGGGAGGAGGAAAACUACGCGCUGUUCAACUACAUCAACGAGGUCAACACGGAGCUGAAGCAUUUGAGCGACAACGUUAAGAUGCUACAGAUUAACAUCCAGGAUGAGCACGCGAAACAUCAAGCAAAGUUGUUCAAACAACAAGACAGCAUCGAGACUCUCAAAGUGACGUUGGAGGAACGCCGUGCAGCCAACGUGAACCUUCAGGAGGCUUAUGAGAAGACCAGCCAGGUGCUGACUACUCUCUUGCAAGAGGUGCAGGCUUUAGCGUUGACAUCAGAGUGUGACUCAUUGCCAUUACUCAAACUGCUGGGCAAAUCGCUGGACAUUAAUCCGACCAACGCACGUCUAUACAUUAAAGGCUUGGAAAAAAAGAUUAUCGAAAUGGUUGACCUUAUAAAAUUCGAUGAGAUCGUCCAACGCCGCGCAGAGAGCAAGGAGCGAACCCCGCCUGCGUCGCGCCGCCGCCGCCGCGCGCCCCCCUCCCCACGACCUACGUCACACCAACCCUCUAUACUAGCGCGGUCUUAGUUUGAAAGAAGAAUAUUGAGAGCAAUCUCUACUGUCGGUCCCUUAUACUAGCACGUUCUUAAUUUGAAAGUAGAAUAUUGAGAGCGCUCUUUACUCUGUGUCCUGUAUACUAGCACGCUCUUAAUUUGAAAGUAGAAUAUUGAGAGCACUCUCUACUCUGUGUCCUCUAUACUAGCACGCUCUUAAUUUGAAAGUAGAAUAUUGAGAGCACUCUCUACUCUGUGUCCUCUAUACUAGCACGCUCUUAAUUUGAAAGUAGAAUAUUAAGAGCACUCUCUACUCUGUGUCCUCUAUACUAGCACGCUCUUAGUUUGAAAGUAUAAUAUUCAGAGCACUCUCUACUCUGGGUCCUCAAUACUAGCACGUUCUUAAUUUGAAAGUAGAAUAUUAAGAGCACUCUCUACUCUGUGUACUCUAUACUAGCACGCUCUUAAUUUGAAAGUAGAAUAUUGAGAGCACUCUCUAUUCUCUGUCCCUUAUACUUGCACGCUCUUAAUUUGAAAGUAGAAUAUUGAGAGAACUCUUUACUCUCUGUCCCUUAUACUAGCACGCUCUUAACUUAAACGUGUGUCAUAGUCAAGAUGUUUAUAGACCGUUGCCGCAAAGUGACCUAAACUUGUGCAUAUUAUGGUAAUAAAUGAUUGGACAAAAUAUUUGUAGUUUUUAUUAAAUCGUUUAUUAGUAAUUAAAAAAAUAACUAAAAUGGGAAUAGUAUUUAAAGUAUGAAAGCGUAA